AUGGGAGCAGAGCGACGUGGCCAACGCGAGGCUGGUCCAAUCACACACGAUGUCGACAGUGAAAUGCCUUCGCCCUUUGCACCGGGCAGUGCCCAGCCCAAAGUCGUCAACAUAAACGGUGGGACGUUCAACAUCUACGACGGCAUUCAGGAGGUCAAAGGACACGACGUCGGAGUCAACAGCCGAGCUUUUGGCAGCGUGCAAGGGAUCCAUAGCAGUCCGGAUGGACUCCUACUCGAUCGCCUGGCGUCGAACAUCAACUUUCGCGCGAUCCAACAGGAAGUGAGGAAGAAAUGGACCCCAGGGACAGGCAAAUGGUUCCUCAAAAGUCGGCUAUACAAGGAAUGGAAGGCAAGCGGUGGUGGUGUUCUUUGGGGGAUGGGAAUCCCCGGUGCUGGAAAGACGGUUCUUGCCUCGAAUGUGGCCAACGACCUUCUCCAAUUAGAAGCAGAGUCCAACGGCAGGGUCGCAGUCAUCGUCGUCUAUUGUCGCUACACCGAGCCUCUAUCCGUCAAAGAGAUUCUCGAAGCCAUUCUGAGACAGUACCUCGAAUGCCACCCACACCUCGUCGACCUCAUCGCACCACUCUAUGCACAACACGACCGAAAACGGACCUCACCCUCGGAAGAAGAGCUCGUCGAAUUACUGUGGGUGAUCGAGUCACAGUUCGGCAAGUGCUACUACAUCAUCGACGGUGUCGACGAGGCCAAGGUCAACACCCAAUUCGAGCUCAUCGACGCUAUCAACAAGCUCCGGGGAAACUUCUUCCUGAGCUCGAGGCCAUUGGAUCACUUAGGCUCCGACUUGUUAUACUCCGUUUUCUUCACCAUCGACGCCCAGCGAGAGGACAUCCUCCUACUCAUUACCGAGAAGCUCAAUCGUAACAAGGCUCUCCUUCGCCUCGUAGAGCAGCGCGGGUAUCGGAAGAUGAUUGAUCAGCAAAUUAUCGACAAGGCUGCUGGGAUGUUCCUUCAUGCUGCUCUUCAGGCCGAACUCAUUACGAGCUCUCUCACCAUUGAGUCUCUUAUGGAAGGACUCCGGGCCUUCCCGGCGGAUAUCACAAACAUGUACGAGGCUGCCGUCGAACGCAUACGAGGACAAACCCCGGCGCUAGCCUUACUUGGGAAGCACAUCCUCCUUUGGCUCGCCUUCGCGCGAGAGGCCUUUUCCGUUCCCACUCUCCGACAUGCAGUGUCCGCUUCUGGUGGCGAGGCUCUUCGUGAGCACAGCGCAUCAACCAUCGAAAGCUUCCAGAUAGCACUGUUGUCUGCUUGCUGCGGUUUGGUAACCAUUGAGACCAAAACCAAUCAGGUUCGCCUUGUCCACUUUACCGCCAAAGACGCAUUAGCAUCCAUCCUAACGCGGGACUUCCCCGAUCCUCAUUUUACCCUCUUCCAAGUGGCCACGGAUCAGCUUACCGCCUUCGACAUCCCAAACUCCCAACUGAGAACCCAAAGGGACCUGGACGACACGCUGUCACGCGCUCCGCUCCUACGAUACGCUUACGAACACUUCCCAGACCACGCACGCAAAUGUAUGGACAACCCGAAAGUCUUCGACGCAGUCUUCCGUUUCCUGCAACUUUGCACCGCUUUCCCCUGCAACCUCAACUCCCGCCCACAGAGCUGGGACGAGCUGGAUUUGCUCUCCCCCGUGCACGUCAUUGCGCGAUUUGGAAUUCCAGUUCCCAAGGAGACCCUCACAGCUGCGAUCGAUGACCUCAACAGCACGACUACAGGGGCGACGGGCGCAACCCCGUUAAUCCUCGCAGCUGCUUACAGCCACCUGGAGGUGAUGAACCUGCUACUCACCGUCAAGCGCUGGGAUCGAGCAAAGGCCGUACUUUAUCGCAAGACAUCGGUGACUCGGAAUCGCAACCUCUUCUCUCCCGUCAACGUCAACGCCUGCGACGCGGGUGGCAAGACCGCACUGAUGUACGCGUCCAGGAGAGGGCUUCAGGUGAUAGUCCGGCGAUUGCUGCAGGUGCACGGAAUCAAGGUAAACCUUGCGGACGCCGUCGAGGGAUGGACGGCGUUGAUGCAUGCGUGCUUUAGGGGGCACGAAGAUAUCGUGCAGCUUCUUCUGCAGGUCCGGGGCAUUGAUGUCAACCACAGCGACAACGAUGGUCAGACAGCGCUGAUGCACGCAUCCAGAGGAGGCUACGAGGCUGUGGUACUAUCUCUUCUUUUGUCCAAGGGGAUACAGGUCAACCGUAGGGAUGCAGAUGGACAGACAGCCUUGAUGAUCGCGGCUGGCCCACAAUCGUGGCGCAACUCCAGGAGUGUUGUCGAAUUGCUCCUCCAGGUGGAGGGGCUUCAACUUGACCUUGUAGACGAUGGGGGGAAGACGGCAAUGGAUCACGCUCUGGCUGCGAACCGGCCAGAAGUGGUCAGUCUCUUGAAAACGGCAGAGGAGAGGACUGGAAAAAAACGCUAUAGCAUACAGUAG